CUUUACAAACAUUUAUGGUCCCCAGACGACGAGUCCUGCUGACUUUGGCGAUCUUCUAACUUUUACUCUAGCGCCACCGACAGGUCGAUGUCUGUUGUUUUAUAUAAACAUUCUCAGCGACUGUGGGAGGGAUUGACGUAACAUUUGGUACACAAAUUCAUGUUCCCCCUCAGGAUGUACUGAAGUCACUUUGGUUCUCCCUUUAUUCCUGUGAAACAUAUUGUAGCUACAGUAAAACAUAUUGUCAGAGGUAGUUUACUGCUAGCUAAGGGGUAUUUUUCAGGUCAGAGUAUCGGCUAAACUGUAGGUUUUUGUUGUUAUAGUUUUAAUCAAGUCAUGAUAACAGUGUGGGGGGUCUGGGGAUGUCUUUUUGCUGACUGGCUCCUUCCUGUUUCAUCAGAGGAGACAGCAUUUGCUGACUGGUUCCUACUUGUUUUACUGAUUUAAACAACAGGAUUCAGGCAGGAUGAGCAGUUUAGACAGAAGGAGGCCGUCGUUGAAGAGGUCAGCCAGCUACAAACUGCUGACGAUCCGGCGUGGCAGUUGGAACACAAUGUCCAGGGCAGCAGAUUAAUCGCCGUGAAUCGCAGCCAGCAGACGUUUCUGCUUUUUCUCUGUAUGACGUUGACCUCCGUGUCGGGACACAUCUGGGCUCACACUCUGAUAAGAUGAUGCCACUGAGCAGCUCCCAGAAGACACAAAAAGGUUGCACUUUAGCAAUUUUCAGAUGAUCACGUGAGGAAACUGUCCACUGUAGUUCAACCGCAAACUGUCUCAAUUAAACAAGCUCUGUCAUCACCAGCACGGGCUGAAGGGAAGCCAAACUGCAGCUCACUUUUAAAGAUUCUAAUGUUGAAAUAUUGAAAUAUUGAGUGUGUGUGUUGAGGUUAAAGAGCCCCUUCCUCAGUGAUGUGCCCCAGGCUUCACACCAACUCUGCCCGUCACUCACCAUGCUCCCUCAGCUUCCUGCCAUUGUUCUCUGCUAUGUGGGGCCUGUUGUUUUUUUUACCAUUCCUACCAGCCAUAUAUACACACAGGAUUAUGUAAGGUAAUGCAGAGAAAACUCACCCUCAUAACGUUAAUGCAAACGAAAAUGUAUGAUACAAUUUAUUAAGAUCUGUGAGAACUAAAAACUGAUUUAUUUUGUUCAUAACCUGUAAGCAGAAGCCGAAAUCCAAGUUUCCCGGGACUCUGAUGUGGAUCAGUACAGGCGGACCAUGCCCACAUAAUGUAUCUUGCUGUUGUCUAUAUACAGUGGUGGAAGAAAUACUCAGGUUUUUACUUAGUAAAAGUACCAAUACCAUGAUGUCAAAGUAUUCCAUUCCAAAUAAAAGUCAUUCAUUUGACAUCUUACUUCAGUAAAAGUGCAGAAUUAUUAUAAUCAAAAUACUAAAAAGCAUCAAAAGUACUUAUUAUAUGCACAAUUAGAUUAUUAAUACUGAUGAAUCAAUUUCCAAGUAGCGGACAGUGGAACUAGUUUCAACAAUGUUAUAAAUGUCUGUGAGUCAAGUUUAUGGGAGAGGAAAGAAGAAAUAUAAUUGAGUAGAAGUAUAAAGUACCUUAAAAUUGUACUUAAGUAGUUAGGGUUCAAUGUAGAGUUAUCAGAUGUGAACUCAUAGUAUUUGGGAUGGAAACAGUUUGUUUUUUGAGCUAAGUCUUUCUGUUUGUACAAUGUUCUCCCAUUAGUACUGAAUAGACAUUUUGCUGUGUGGGCAUCGCUGGACUUCCACAUCAAUCCCCACCACUGCCUGAGGAUGUCCUGUUAUAUCUGUGUGUGCGUUUGUGCAUGUGUGUGUGUGCGUGUGUGUGCGUGUGUGUGUUAAUGAGAAAUGGGAGGGUAGAAACCCUCACCGUGAGAGCUGGUACAAAACAUCUGGUGUCUGCAGGCUUCAAACAGAAAACUCUCCAGAAGACAGCGCGGCUUCAGCAGGGACCUGGCCUCUUCAUCAUCACGACAAGACCAUGAGCGGCUACGAGCACAACCACUCUCUGGACUACUACAAUGGCACACCAUGGUAUGUCCAUGAGUGCACCUUCGAGCUGCGCACUGCUGGAGAAUAUCGGCGCAUCGCCCUCUUCCUGGUCUACCUUUUCAUCUUCAUGGUGGGCCUGCUGGAGAACGGGCUGGUCGUCUGGGUCAACUGGCGCCGACGCCACUCGGCCAACGGGGUUCUCUUCUGCAUCAUCAACGUGAGCAUGUCGGACCUGAUGGUCAUCAUUAUCCUGCCUUUCUUCAUGAUGGAGGUGACCAUGGACAAGGUUUGGCUGUGGGGACGCUUCCUCUGCAAGGUCACCAACCUCAUCUAUGCGGUCAACUUCUACAGCAGCUCCUUCUUCCUGGCCUUCAUGACCCUGGAGCGUUAUCUGUCCCUGACCAGACCCUCGUUUCCGGCCUUCUUCCCCGUGGUGGGCCGGCGCCGCUGGGUGCUCUGUGGAGGCCUGUGGGUGCUCUCCUUGUUCCUCGCUCUGAUGGAGAAUGUCCACGUGGAUCUUCUGGAGUUGAGUGAGCCGGGCUGUUACAUGAUGCCUGAGCACAACUUCACCGAAUGGUUCAUCUCUGUGGGCUUCCUUUGCCUGAUCUUCCAGUUCCUGGGCCCCGCUGCCGUCAUCAUCACCUGUAACGUGCUGCUCGCUCGUGCGAUUAAAACAGCGCCGGAUGUGCAGGGCCGGCGGGACGUGUGGCUGGUGCACGUGUACUCCCUGGUGUUCGUCAUGUGCUGGCUGCCCUUCCACCUGGUCAUGUUCCUGAUGGUCAUAGAUGACAUCGACCCGUUCCUCCUCAGCUGUAACACGGUAGACCUCCUCUACUUCUCGUUCAACGUGGUGCAGAGCGUGUCUCUGUUCCACUGCGUCGCCAACCCCAUCCUCUACAACUUCCUCAGCAAGAGCUUCCGCAGCAACCUGAUCAACACUGUGGUGGACUACUUACCCAGAGAGGGACCUGCGGACUGGGUGGGAGCAGGGACCCGGCCCAACGCUCCUAACGGAGGCGGGUUAGACCCGGAGAAGCAACGCAAGUUAAGUAACGCCAGCACCAGCCAGUCUGAUAUUGGAUCGUAAAAAAAAAAAAGAAGCCAAGAUGAGAAAAGUGAGACGUCAGAACUGAAUCCAGUCUUUGUGCUUCAGAAUACCAGAUGCAUAGAUUGUACAACGUAUCAUCUCACUCUGGUCAUAGACUCAUUGUGCUAUUUGUUACACUACUGGUGGGCUCACAGACACCUUCCACUCAUUUUUGUUAACCAUUUAUCUGAUCGCAGUUUUAAAAGGAGGAAGGCAUGAAAUGUUUGGUGUGUGUUGUUCCCCCCCCUCAAAGCUGCUCAACGCCCACUUAUCUUAAAAUCUGAUGGCACAUAAAGAGAAUAGUGCCACACCAGGAAUGUGUGUAAACAAAUCUGCUGUCGGUCCAGUGCCAGAUAAGAACAUUCAUCAUAACAACAUAAACAUCUAAAAAUGUAACUGUUUCACCUCAGUACAAAUCUUAACAGAUAAAUCAUAAUUCAUACCACUUACUGCUUAUUUAUCUGUUCCUAGAUGCUGCUGUUCCCUACAUGUGAUGUAAUAGGGUUUAAAUGCAAUAAAACGUUGUUCUCUUUAAUGCAGAGUAGAGCAAUAAACAAA